AACAAAGUCCCAAUUCCAAUCCAAAGUUCAAAAGUUCGUGCUGGAAGACUGGUGGAAUGGAAGAAGACACAAGUAAAUCUGGUCCACAGAGAGACCAGAGCCAUCAGGAUCAUAAAGCUGAGUUAAGCAUGGCCUCUUCCAGCUCUAAAGAAAGUGGAUCUCGCUUUCAGUAUACUCUUGAUAAUGCGAUAUUGACAAAAGACCAGCGACUAUUCUAUGAAGAGAAUGGCUUUUUGGUUGUGAAAGGUCUUGUUCCAAGCACGAAUAUUGAGAAAUAUCGCCAAAGAUUCCAAGAAAUCUGCAAUGGAAAUGUAUCGGUUCCAUUUUUAACAGUUAUGAAGGACAUAACUCAUGUUAAAAAGGGGGAUAACAGGCAAGAAAAGACUAUAAAUAAAAUCCAAGAUUUUCAAAUGGAUGGUGUUUUAUCAGAAUAUUUUAAACUACCACAGAUUCUGAAGUAUGUGCAAUGCUUUACAGGGCCAGAUAUGUUGGCUGUGCACACUAUGCUUAUAAACAAGCCUCCCGAUCCUGGAACCAGAACUUCAAGGCACCCGCUGCAUCAAGAUCUUCAUUAUUUUCCUUUCAGGCCUGCUGAUAGAAUAGUUUGUUCCUGGACAGCCAUGGAGAAAGUAGACCGUUCCAAUGGUUGCUUGGUUGUUCUUCCAGGUACCCACAAGGGAACACUUUUGAAACAUGAUUAUCCAAAAUGGGAGAAUGGAGUUAAUAAAUUCUACCAUGGAAUUCAAGACUACGAUCCAAGUUCACAGCGAAUUCAUUUAGAAAUGGAUGAAGGCGAUACUGUGUUUUUCCAUCCUAUAUUGAUUCAUGGCUCUGGCACCAACAAAACAAACCGUUUUAGGAAGGCCAUUUCAUGUCACUUUUCAACUGCUGAUUGCCAUUAUAUAAAUGUACGUGGAACGAGUCAAGAGAAUAUUGAAGAUGAGAUAGUGCAGCUGGCUAAAAAGAGAUUCGGUGAUGAUUUCCAAAUAGACCUUGAGCUUGCGUGGAAGAUGAAGAGCGUUCCUGUGCAUCUAAACAAAUCCAAAUUAUGAACGCCGGUCCAUGUGCAUAGAACGAGAUUGUAUCUGUUGGUCAAUUUGCUUAACAUUUGCUUGUCUUAAUUAGAGUUACCAAAUUGGAGUGAAUUCCCAUUGUACUUUAUUGUAUUGUAAAGUUGUGAUUUCUUAGCUUAAUUGAAUAUUUAAAUGUAUGCUUGACAUUUUUAUGAAAAGUUUGUGGACAUCUUGAAACAUGACAAUUGCCGUUUAA